AUGAAGUGCGUUGAGCAUGUUCGGCACCUGGAAGUCCAACUCCUGGCUGAUCAGUAUGGCGAGGCAAUCAGUCUGUUUGGACGUGAUUGCUCAGUCCAACGCAGGCACCAGAAGAUCCUCGAGGAGGCUCCCGUCGUUGUGGCUCCACAGAAAGUAUUUGAUGCUAUGGAACGUGCGGCUAUUAGAUUGGCCAAACUAGUCGGAUAUACAAGCGCUGGCACAGUGGAGUACCUGUAUAACACUGAAACUCAAGAAUUCUUCUUUUUGGAAUUGAAUCCCCGUCUUCAAGUGGAACAUCCCUGCACGGAGGUCAUUUCUGGGGUCAAUUUACCGGCUUGUCAACUACAGGUAAGUUUUCUCGGUGUGAAAUUUGUACAUAUUAUGCCGUUGCAGAUUGCUAUGGGGAUCCCCCUGGUGCGAAUAAAGGACAUUCGCAACCUAUUCGGCCUUGGACAAUCUGAAAACUACUCAAUUAGCUUAAGCGAAAACCUCAGCCUACGCAAACCUCCAUCCUCUCAUGUAAUUGCCGUCCGAGUGACCAGUGAGGAUCCUGAUGAGGGCUUCAAACCGCGCUCCGGAGAUGUCUUUGAGUUGAACUUCAAGAGUAGUCGCUCGGUGUGGGGCUACUUUAGUGUUGGCACAGUGGGUGGUAUUCACGAAUUUGCUGAUUCACAAUUCGGACACUGUUUUUCAGCGGAAGCCUCCCGCGAACAGGCUCGCGAAAACAUGGUGCUGGCCCUUCGCGAACUUCUAAUCCGCGGCGAUUUCCGCACAACGGUGGAGUAUCUGAUAAAAAUACUCGAGUCCGAUGCCUAUAUUUACAACGAAAUUGACAAUGAAUGGCUUGAUCGUCUUAUUGCUCAAAAGGAUAGGGUGAGCUGCUAUUCUUCAUUUAUUACGGUUACUAACACGGUGCUUGCCUUCAAAUACUGUUGA